CGGUAAGGCCAUUCAAAUGUCUGAGAAGAAGCGUUGUGGAAUCGCAUAAAUCAAACACUAUUUUGGGAUAUUUUAAAAAUCAUGGCUCUCGUAUCGGCAGACACCAAAAUUUCAGAGUUACUUACGGAACUGCACCAACUCAUCAAACAGACACAGGAGGAGCGGUCACGCAGUGAGCACAAUCUUCUUAACAUUCAGAAAACACAUGAAAGAAUGCAAACGGAAAACAAAACUUCUCCAUAUUAUCGGACAAAGCUGAGAGGACUCUACACCACAGCAAAGGCAGAUGCUGAGGCAGAGUGUAGUAUUCUUCGCCAUGCCCUCGACAAAAUUGCAGAGAUCAAGUCUUUACUGGAGGAGAGGCGAAUUGCGGUGAAGAUGGCAGGGGUUUAUAAUGACAGUGACCCACCCAGGAAGACUAUGAGGAGGGGAGUGCUGAUGACGCUCCUUCAGCAGUCAGCCAUGACUCUGCCUCUUUGGAUAGGCAAGCCAGGAGACAGCCCCCCUCCCCUAUGUGGGGCUAUACCAGCUAGCAGUGACUACGUAGCAAAGCCAAGAGACAAAGUGGCAGCCAGAGUGAAGGCAGUGGAUGGGGAUGAACAGUGGAUACUAGCAGAAGUGGUCAGCUACAGCCACUCCACCAACAAGUAUGAGGUGGAUGACAUAGAUGAAGAAGGCAAAGAGAGGCACACUCUUAGCAGGAGAAGAAUAAUCCCCUUGCCACAGUGGAAGGCCAACCCUGAGACGGACCCUGAGGCUCUCUUCAGUAAAGACCAGCUGGUGCUGGCCCUCUACCCCCAGACCACCUGCUUCUACAGAGCGCUCAUCCACACUCCCCCACACAGGCCCCAGGAUGACUACUCAGUGCUGUUUGAGGACACCUCCUACGCUGAUGGUUACUCCCCUCCCCUCAACGUGGCCCAGAGAUACGUGGUGGCCUGCAAGGAGAACAAGAAGAAAUGAAGACUUUAUUUAACUGCGGUUAGGGAACUGGACUUGUGGUCAGGAAGCAGGGUUUGGUUUGAAACCCAGGCUGGACUAAAGUGUUCUCUCCUUGAAGAAGGUACCAGAUAAGCUUCAGUUAAUAUCCAGUUAUAUGAAUGUGUUGUUAAGAUUUAUGCAGCUGUGUAUUUGUAUAAAAAAGCAAGGUUGUCUGCUAGAAAGAAAAAUCAUGUAAUGAUUUACAGGAGGAGAAGUCAACGAUGUUUGUGAGUCUAGGAGAUAAUGGGCAGAUAAA